AUGGCCGCCUUGGAGUGCGCUAGGCUGGAGGAGGGCGGUUUGCCCACUGCUCUCGAAAAGCUUACCAUUCAGAAAGAAGAUGACGGCAAUUUCACCUUAACCGCAUUACCGGAGACUGACUCCGUCAGUGCAAUCGUCGAAUCUGUCCUCGGCCACGCCGUCGAGUUACACCGUCUUCAAGCCUCCGGGGCAGAGGGCCAAUCCGGCUGCUCCAUCUACUUUGUUCGGGACAGCAGCCACCCGGGAAAAACCCUUGCUGUUACAAAAGUGUAUCCGCCAGCAUGCCAUAAAGACUUUUUCGAGGAACUCGUUGCAUACAGGAGGCUGUUAUCUCUUUCCGAUCCACCAUCUGCUGCCCGACCACUCGGUGUAGGCAGGACGCGCGAUGAGAACACCGGAGAUCCCAUGGGAGUGAUUGUCUACCAGCUCGCAGAGGGUAAGGCAAUCAACACAAUUAUACGUGAUAUUGGUCGGGUCUCCACACUGCGACUGAUCGCAAAGCAACCAUGCCCUGACGAGACAAGGGAAAUGAUGAAUGAUAUUAUUCGCGGCGCGCUCCAUGGAAUCUCGAUCAAUCACAAACCACACCAGAACCAAUCUCCAAAUAUUUCUACCGAUGAUCUCCUGAAACAUCAAUUUGACAGAUUGAUGGCGGACUUGGUUUCAGCCGUCCAAGGAGUGGCAUCAACAUUGGCCAAGCUGCACCGAGAACGUAGCGAAUGGAGCAGCGCCAGUGAGUCUGUCGUUGAUAGGCUCCGCAAAAAGCUGCAAGAUUGGGUCCGAGAGAUUCAGGGCCCAUCUCGGGAGCAAUACGAGCGGGCAAUUGGGUCUGAUCAAAUAGAGAAGCUAGCAUCUUUGGUCGAUCGGGCAAUUGAUGACUCGCGAGAAGAUGGUGUAGCAUCACUACUCCAUGGCGACGCCUCACCAGGCAACUUUUUCUGGGAUCCCAUUCAUGGAAUCACCAUGAUCGACUAUGGCGGACUGUCUCGCUCGAUGGAUGCUAGCGGGAGGCCUAUUGGACCGGCUGAAAUGGAUGCGGCAGGAUUUCAUGAGCGGCUGCGAAAGUAUGCCGGGGAUUUCGGAAUGAGCGAGAUUGAUAUUGCCCAGAUCCAGCUGGAAUUUUGGAAAUCAUAUCAGGCGCAGGGUGUUCCGAUUAAUGAAGGACUUGCCCGGUUGUUCAAAACACGCACGCAACUAUCUCGACUAUGGUCUGCUGUGGACAAGCAACAUGUAUCAUCCGAUGAACAAAAGGCCGUGCAACUUAGCGAGAAGGUCAAAUUUGAAUGGGAGCGCCUGCUGAGCAUUUCUCCGGCAAAAGUUAAUCCUUGGAGAGUACUCGUCGUCGCCAAUGCGAGUGGUCCAGGUAAAGGAGGCCUCCCACUGCUGAAUCAAGAAUUAGUCAAGGCCAUAUCGGAAAUUCCAAAUGCAUCAGUCACGCUUUUCAUGGUAGAGCCAGAGAAUGAAGUCAAAAACACACUGGCAUCAUCGGCGCAUGGUCGGGCUAAAGUGGUCUGUAUUCCCUCCAGAGGAGACGACUCUAGCGCCCUCCUCUAUUAUGUGGCAAAGGUACAUCAGCCAGAGGAUUAUGGCCUGCCAAUUCCUGAUCACCACCAUCCAUCGCCAUUCAAUCUCGUCAUCGGCCACUCGCGAUAUUCUAGCACGGCAGCAUCAUUGAUCCGCGAGAGAUGGUAUCCUACAGCUAAGCUCGCACUCAUCACUCACACAAGUGCCUUAAGGAAAUCCGAUGUCGCGUGGAGAUGGUAUGGACGAACACGCGAGCUAGGCUAUGUUGAAGCCGCUCGGUUGGCGAUGCUCGACGAGAGGAUUCUCCCCAAAGCGGAUUUGGCUGUUGGAGUCGGGCCCGUCCUCACAACCGAAGCCCGCGAACGCGAGUGGAUGGGCCAAUGCAAUCGUCCUAGAUUCAAUAUGAUGGGGCCUCGCUUCCAUGAGCUAGUUCCAGGCGUGCGUACGGGUGACGCCUGCACGCAAUUGCGUCAGCCGAAUGAUCUGCUUCGGGUUCUCCUCGCUGGUCGAGCGGAUGAUCCCGCCAAAGGAUUAGAUGACGCUGUCUACGCCGUGCGCAAUAUCGCACUUGCUGGUAAUGACAUUUCCCUGGACGUCCUAGGACUUCCAGCAGCAGAGGUAGGGCGCUGGCAGCAGAUGGUUGAUGAAAUGACUGGCAUGCCAGAUCUUGUCAGGUUGCAUCCCUUCUCCGAUGACCCUAACGCGGUUUCGCGUUUCUACUGCAACGCAGACCUAGUCAUUAUGCCAUCAAUGCACGAAGGAUUUGGGAUGAUCUUUACUGAAGUCGCCGGGCUAGGUGUUCCUAUAUUAGUGACGCAGGAAAGUGGCGCCGGUCAGCUUGCUCUCGAUCGCAGUCGCAUCCCAGCAGAGCUUGGUCAGGCCUGCGUAGUAAUGGACGAGAGCACAUACGGAAUUGUACCUUCUCCCACAAGCGAGCGUGUGGCCGUCUGGGCUCAUCGAAUCGACCAGGUGAGAUGUUACCCGGAGCAAACUAGACGGCAUGCCCGCUCACUACAGCGGAUCAUGCGAGGUUAUUCCUGGAAACAUGCCGCCAAAGCUUUGCUUCGCUCCGCGAUGGAGGCUGAGGGAGACACGGUGCAAAUGGCUCAUGGUAGCGUUGCACCGGCCUUCUCAUCAUUGCCACGGCCAUCACUUGGAAUGAGCGUGGUUUCAUCUAUGCGUCGAGCAGCACGGACACGGAAUCGCAGUGGAAAGCCGACUUCGAUACAAGCCGAUGAAGUUGUACAAAGUCUUCCAGAAAUAGCCCCCACCAUUACAGCGCUAGAGGAGCAUGUUUCUGCUGCCGUGGGCUGUCCUGUCAAUUUGCGGGGUCUUGAUCCUACUCACCUAGGGGGGUUCUCUGGGGCUAUCAUUUUCUUUGCUUAUGCUAACGAUGAUAUUGCCAAUGGAGGGUCAUCGUUGGUAUCCAGUGACACAUCUCAAGGCCGUGUCGUUGCCGUGAUCAAACUCUUCAUCCACGGGUUGGAUAACGGAAUCACAGAGGAGCUGUCAAGUCUGGAAUGGCUCCUCCUGCAGAACAAGUGUGAUAUCAGAACUGCCGCUCCCUUGGCCGUUGGGCGGAUGACGUGGGAUAGAAAAUCAGCUGGCGUAGUUGCGUAUCAGGUGGCCCCCGGAGUCUCCCUUUAUCAGCUCAUGGUGCAGAUGGGCCGCCUGCCAUCGGGGCCUGCGAGAACAGACAUGCUAUCUGUUUUUACGGUGAGCGUACAGGCGGUCGCACGUACCCUGGCCAGAUUACACAGCCAUAGCGUUGAGGGCCGACCAGGCACAGAAUAUCUCGACUGGUAUUUCAAUGCAGCAACAAAGCGAGUCCAGCAGUCAUUGCUGAACAAGCAUGUCUUUCUUUCCGCAGGAAUUGAUGUCGACCAACUCUCCGAGCAAAUGGAUCAACUUAUUGCCAACUGCAAGCGCGAUAUUACCAACCGGCCACGUACCACUGUCGUGCACGGGGAUGCUCAUCCUGGCAACUUUUUCUAUGACCAUGCAACGGGGCAUGUCACCAUGAUCGACACGACGACACUGCAUUGCUCUCUGGACGAGAACGGAGAGCCAUUUGGGGUGCCGGAACGAGAUUUGGGACAUUUUAUACACAUGUUGCGCCGAACGGGUGAGCAGUAUGGUCUUACGCGAAAGGAGAUGCAGGAGAGCACAACAGCUUUUGUGGAGGCGUAUCUUGGAAUCGCAGCAGCACCAGCAAGCAUUCAGAUCCUGCGGUUUUUGAUGUCAUGUUCAGCAUUGUCAUUCUUGAAUUAUGCAUCACACUCUGAUCAAACAAAAGUAGAGCUGCAAGUUAGAAUUUUGCAGGAUUUGCUUGUUCUGGGGGAGGGUUGGACGAAUCUGGAUGGAAUCCGAGGUUUAUAA